AUGAUUAAACGAUGUUUGUGGAUUGUAUUCUUAUGGAGGGUGGCAUACUCAAAUCCUCAGUGCUCUACAACUGAAGUCAAAAGUCUGCUGGAGGGUUGUGACAGGCUUACAGGGUUGAAUAUAACCAGCGUCGGCGGCACCAUUGUUAAUGAUCACAACUGUGAUGUCCUUCUUCCGAAACAAGUGUUCAUUGAGGAACCUCUGUUCCAGUACCCGCUGGCCGAUGCAAAAAAGUUCUACACUUUGAUUAUGGUUGACCCAGAUGCUCCACCGCAGGUAGAUGGCGAGUUUUAUCUUCACAUGGUUAAAUCUAAUAUACCAGGUCUUGCAUUGAGAACGAUGGACAGUAGCAAAACAGUUGGUAUAGAUUAUAGAGGGUACAAGCCACCAGCGCCACCUCACGGUGCAGGCCCGCACCGCUACAUUACCCUACUUUACGAACAAGCUGACGGCAAUAAUUUCCUACCUACGGUUCCUUCGACGCGCCACAGAUUCUCGCUCGCCAAGUGGCUCGUUGCAAGGUUGAUGGUGCUGCAUCACAUCGGCAGGACGCGGUCCACGCGGCAUGGCGUCCAUGACACGCGCGGUGCCGUCGUGCGUACGCCACAAAUUCGCCGUUCAUUGAUAAAAACCGACGCCCACUCGCGUCGCGGAGACUCCAUUCACUGGCGCCGCUGGUUGCGCAAGGCUCACGCGUGGCCCUCCACCUCUCCCCCGCUCCUCACCGGUCACCCCCGGUAA